UCAAGGCCUGAGGGGCGGGGCUUGUGACCCGCGGAGCCCCGCCCCCUUCAGCCGGAAUCUGAAUCGCAGGCGUCUUCCGUCCUCCAUGGCUGCUGUGCUCCUCGCCUGGGCCUGCGGCCCGGUCCGUAGAGCUCUCUGUCGUCAAUUACAUACUGUCUACCAGUCUGUGAAACUUCCGGAGACACACCAGAUACUGCGUCAGACCUGUCGGGACUUUGCCGAGAAGGAGCUGGUUCCCAUCGCAGCCCAGGUGGACAAGGAACACCUCUUCCCAGCAGCUCAGGUGAAGAAGAUGGGCAAGCUUGGGCUUCUGGCCAUCAAUAUCCCUGAGGAGUUGAGUGGUGCCGGACUCGAUUAUCUGGCGUACGUCAUCGCCAUGGAGGAGAUCAGCCGGGGCUGUGCCUCCACUGGAGCCAUCAUGAGUGUCAACAACUCCCUCUACUUGGGGCCCAUCUUGAAGUUUGGCUCCAAGGAACAGAAGCAGCAGUGGAUCACACCUUUUACCAGCGGUGACAAAAUUGGCUGCUUUGCCCUCAGUGAACCAGGGAAUGGCAGUGACGCAGGAGCCGCCUCCACCACUGCCCAGGAGGAUGGUGACUCGUGGGUCCUGAAUGGCACCAAAGCCUGGAUCACUAACUCCUGGGAGGCCUCAGCCACCGUGCUUUUUGCCAGCACCAACAGAGCCUUGCACAACAAGGGCAUCAGUGCCUUCCUGGUUCCCAUGCCGACACCUGGGCUCACACUGGGGAAGAAGGAAGACAAGCUGGGCAUCCGGGCCUCGUCCACAGCCAACCUCAUCUUUGAGGACUGUCGCAUCCCCAAGAACAACCUGCUGGGGGAGCCGGGAAUGGGCUUCAAGAUAGCCAUGCAAACCCUGGACAUGGGCCGAAUUGGCAUUGCUGCCCAGGCUCUGGGCAUCGCCCAGGCUGCCCUCGACUGUGCUGUGAACUAUGCUAUGAAUCGCAAGGCCUUUGGGGCGCCCCUCACCAAGUUCCAGGGCAUCCAGUUCAAGUUGGCGGACAUGGCCCUGGCCCUGGAGAGUGCCCGGCUGCUGACCUGGCGCGCCUCCAUGUUGAAGGAUAAUGGAAAGCCUUUCAUCAAGGAGGCAGCAAUGGCCAAGCUGGCUGCAUCAGAAGCUGCAACUGCCAUCAGCCACCAGGCCAUUCAGAUCCUGGGUGGCAUGGGCUACGUGACAGAGAUGCCGGUCGAGCGGCACUACCGUGAUGCCCGCAUCACCGAGAUUUACGAAGGCACCAGUGAGAUCCAGAGGCUGGUCAUCGCGUCGCACCUGCUCAAGAGCUACCAGAGCUGAGCCCUGAGGAUUGGGUGGGGGCCAGAGUAACCAGGCCUCAAAGUAGCAGAAGUUGUGCUCUCUCAGGCCUUGUGAAGGCUGUGAGGCUCGGUCAUUAUUAGAAGCACCGUUAACCUGUUCCUUAUAAAACAUAAAUGAGUGCAGGUGGGUGGUCUGAUUCAUAGUUUGGGAACUGAUUGUAAGUAAUAAAGCAUACCCGUUCCCCUA